GGCUGAGUGGAUUCUGAGGCUCCAGUGACUGGGGAAGGAGACUGUGAGAAUCAUGGCUGGGUUUGUUGCUCGUUUUUCCAAAGUUUUCUUCAGGGAAAACUUUCCCAAAGCCCUCAUUGCAUCGAUGAGUUCUCAGUGGCCACGACAUGUUUAUACAAUGACGGGUUUGAGAUCAUUGACUCGAUAUGAUGAAACAACUGUAAAUGUUGAUUGGCAAAAGAAGCUAACCCCAGAGCAGUACUUUGUAACUCGGGAAAAGGGGACAGAAUUGCCUUUCAGUGGAAUCCAUCUGAAUAAUACUGAGCAAGGCAUGUACCAUUGUGUGUGCUGCAAUGCUGCACUGUUCAGCUCUGAAACCAAGUAUGAUUCUGGCAUUGGUUGGCCUUCUUUCUGGCAAGUUCAUGGUACUGUGGAUAGAGAUGAAACCAAAACCAAUGCAUUACGUCGAACAGAUAACUCCAUGGGAUCGACUGGAACAGAGGUUAUUUGUAAAAAGUGUGAUGCGCACCUGGGCCAUGUGUUUGAUGAUGGACCAGAACCUACAGGACAUCGAUUUUGCAUCAAUAGCGUUGCAUUAACUUUCAAACCCAAAUCUACGCAGUGAUUUUCACGGAAUGUUAUGUAGCAAUAACCAGUUUAACCUAGAUUGAGUGUCCAACAGUGUCAGUGCCAUAAUUUAGUGCCACUACUUGCUUUCUUAGUGGCUUCUCCUGUGUGGUACCAUUCUCUAAAAUAUUUAUUUUGCAUUAACAGAAAAAGCAAAUUGUAUGUACCAGUGUUUGUGCCAAGAUAUUGGAGAUACACUCCUUAUAGUUCAAGCGAAGAUCAUAUUUCACUUUAUGCUAAAAAUCUAUUAAUCAUGUAAUUUUGUAAGAAAUAAAUGUUAACUUAAUAUCAGUGAUUUUAUUUAUGCAAAUAAUUUUUUUAAAAUCAAAUUAAAAAUCUGUGAUAUUUCUCACAUAUAAAACAGAAAAUGCUACAUAUACACAGAUAUAAAAUUAUAGGUUAAUGUUUUGAGUAGAAUCAUCAGAACUCAAUCCCACCUGUAAUAUUCUAUCUUUACUUCUGGAGGCUGCCUAAAAUGAAGUGUUUCUGGAAUUUGAAGUUUUCUUUCUAUCUUUGCUGCAUUAAACUUCUAAUUUCUCUAAUUUAAACUAAUCCAUGUUUAAGAAGUCAUGUAGAUGUUGUUUUUAUUAAUCUGUUGGCAUUCAUUGAGAUAAUAUUUCUAUUCAGUAUUCAAAAGGCCAGCCAAAAAUUAAAAUUUCACUUAUUCAAAUGUGUAUUCAGUCAAUUGUGAUUUCCUGGUUCAACAGGAUCCGAGACUCUUCAAUCUGUUUCCUGUUCGAUGUGCUAGAGGUUAAUUGUGUGACUUAUAGUGUGAACAGAUGUGAUAUGUAAUUUUAAAAAUCCGUUGUUACUUGACUGUAUAUAUCUAUUCCUGAAGUUCAUGAAUACCAUUUAAUACAUUAAAAUGGGUAGUUACCCUGAGCUAUUAUGAAUGAA